CGACAGGCGAGGAGGUGACGGCGUUUAGAAGUAGUUGACCACUCGGCGGAUGGACUGGAUGUUGGGGUUCUGGGCCUGCCACUCGUUGUGGCUGCAGUACUGGCCGCGCUCCACCACGUACAUGCGCCCUCGGAAGUUGGGCUCCUCGUACAUCACCCAGCUGCACACAAGACAAAGCCGCAUGUCUACGUGUCCACACGUCUUGGAGUGUGUGUGUGUGUGUGUGUGUGUGUGUGUGUGUACUCACGCGCCGUCUCCGUACACCCUGACAGAAUUGAUGCAGUUCUUGGACAGGCCGCGGCUCUGCAGGAAGGGACAGUCGUCGCAGAUGUCCACGCACUGGCCGGCGAAGUUGCAUCCCUCAAAGAGCUCGAUGCGGUAGUGUUCUCCGUGCUGAAGGAACACACACAGCCACCUCAGAAGCUGCUAUCUUUGGUGUCACAUGACCACAGAUGGCGAGCGUUACCAUGCGGACUGGUUUGCAGGACCCCAUGUGGUCAUUGUGGGAGUUCCACCUCUGGAAUUCCGGAUACUCGCCGUGCUCCAGGAUGUACUGCUGGCCCUUGAAGUCGGGAUGGUCAAAGCAGAUCCAGGCGCCGCUCUCCACGCGGAUGGAGUUCACUCUUGACGGGAAGGCGUGACACGUCAGCACGCGACAACGCGCUUGUCAACACGCGUACCGACUCACCUGUUCAUGAAGCCACGGUCCUGGAAGUUGUCACAGUCACCUCUGACCUCCAGCUUCCUGCCAGUGAAGCACUUCCCCUCAAAGAAGGUGAUCUACAGCCCAAAGUUAUCGUUUCACUCUCCAGUGAGUCUGAUUGAUUGGUUGAUUGAACGCGUGGGUGGGACUCACCUUUCCGGAAUACUGCGACAUGUUGUCCACUGGAUGUUGUCCAAGCACGAGCGCACGCACAGUGUAACCGAGAAAAAGUUGGACAUCCCAAUUUAUACGGGAGGGGGGACGCAAGGGGGGACUAAAGCACAAAAGGGAGCUUGUGCCGACUCGACGCUUUCUGCCAUCCUGAUGUGUCCGCACAUUCUGCUUGUGUCCAUGGUGGCGCGUGCGAGUGAAUGGAAAGUGCACAUGUAAGGCCUCCGGUGGAGUGACGUCAUCACCACAUGGGCGGAGCCUUACGUUGAAUACAAGUGAAUUUGACGUGACGCAGUGCUUCCUGAAGAUCUGCUAAAAGGGGCGGUGCAAGGAACUAAUCUUGGCACAGGAAGUCAAUUAGAAUCCCGAUGUGGACCAAAAAUGGCGUCUGUUUAGCGUUAAAAUAUAACAUAAAAUAGAAUUGUUUUUUUUAGAUUUGAGAUGAAAACCUAAUGGAAUUAAUAUACUCAAAAAAUUGUGAAAUUCUGUUCUAUAUGAGCUUGAGCAUGUUGAGUGACGUCACCAAUAAUGGCCAUCGGGUUGGCACGAGAGGCUUACUAUUUUUAUAUUUAUUAAUAUAAUGGACGUAGUUUUUUACGAUAACGAUGCAUGUUUAUUAAGCAAAAAUUGACACCCAAGAGAAACCUGACAGGGUUAAGUUAAUUAAAUCACAAAUCAGUGACGUUUACGUACAUUUUAUACGGCGAUAGAAAUGGCGUCUUUGCCAUUACUACUACUAUAUCUUAUCAACAAACAGAAAUUGUUUGUAAACGCUGUUGAUUAAAAAUAUGUUUGAAUAUUAAAAGGCUAAUAAGUUCCGUCUGCCACCCGAGGUGACCCGGAAGUGCUGCUGUCUACUGGAAAGAUUUUCCAACGGGUCAACCUUCUUCCGUCCUCCUGCUCUCCUGUCGUUUUCAUGGCAUUAAUGUCGCUACGAGGUUUCACGCAAACCAGUCGGUGGUUCCGUUUCUCCAGCGUUCCUGCUUUCAAGUUCCACCAAACAUCCGUGAUGGGUGCGACUGUGGAGCAGUUUGAGGAGGCCAAGAACAAACUGUCCACAUUGAAGAAGGAUCCCGGAAAUGCGCUCAAACUGAAGAUCUACGCUCUCUUCAAGCAGGCCACACAUGGACCAUGUGACACCCCCAAACCUGGAAUGCUGGACUUUGUCAACAAAGCCAAGUGGGACUCGUGGAAAUCUCUGGGCUCCAUAUCACAGGACGAGGCCCGGAAACAGUACUGCAACCUGAUUGGCUCAUUGGUGGAAGCGGAGGGUGGAAGCUCCGCCCAGGGAGUGUCGGCCCAGCCGGCUGCGAGCGACCACGUCUACAACACCCUGCUGGUCAGCACGGAAGAUGACAUCACCACCAUCAAGCUCAACAGACCUGCUAAGAAGAACGCCAUCACCACGGAGAUGUACGAGGAGAUCAUUGAUGCUCUGCAGCAAGCGGCUAGAGAUACCUGUGUCCUCACCGUCUUCACUGGUGCCGGGGACUUCUACUGCAGUGGAAACGACCUUAGCAACUUCACUAAGAUCCCUGAAGGAGGUGUGGAAGAGAUGGCCAAAGCAGGCGGAGAGCUGCUCAGGAGGUACGUGAAAGCCUACAUAGACUUCCCCAAGCCUCUGGUUGCCGUGGUGAAUGGUCCAGCUGUGGGAAUCUCCGUCACUAUUUUGGGAAUGUUUGACCUGGUGUACGCCACGGAGAGUGCCACCUUCCACACUCCUUUCAGCCAGCUUGGUCAGAGUCCAGAAGGCUGCUCAUCUUACACCUUCCCUCGCCUUAUGGGACCUGGUAAGGCAAGUGAGAUGUUGCUGUUCAACAAGAAGCUAACGGCGGUCCAGGCGUGUCAGCUGGGUCUGGUCACCGAGGUGUUCCCUGACAGCAGCUUCCAGUCGGAGGUCUGGAGCCGACUCAGGAGCUACGCCAAGCUGCCUCCAAAUUCUCUGGCGCUGUCCAAACAGCUGAUCCGCUCAAUGGAGAAAGAGCAGCUCCACGCCGUGAACGACGCCGAGGUGGAGCGUCUGGUCGAACGCUGGACAUCGGAUGAGUGCUUCAACGCUGUCAUGAGUUUCUUCCAGGCUAAGGCCAAGCUGUGACCACAUGACUGAACUUAAUGGCGGCCAUUGUGAUUGACUGACAUAGUCAUGACUGAUUUCCACUAACAUGAAGGAUCAAGUGCCUGUCCUCACACGAAGCUCUUUUUGUGUAAUAAAUGUAUUUUAGAUGAA